AUGCGUAGGCAUAAUUCGCUUUCGACCACCUCGACACAACAACUGCCUAAACUAAAAGUGUUAAAUCUAAGAAAUAAUAAUCUUAGUCCCAAGUCGUUAAUGCAAUUUUCCGAACUUAAAAAUUUGGAGGAAUUAGAUGUAUCUAUGGGAGAGAAGAUUGUUGACCCACGGGAUGGGAGUGAGGUUCACAACAAGUUAACAGGAGGUCUUUUUGGAGUAAAAGAUUUACUUAACCUAAAAAAAUUAACUGUCAGAAAUACCGAUGUCAGCAUACAAGAUAUUGAAAUACUACGGUGUAAACCGGAAAUUUAUAGUAAGGGUGGGGCUGGUAUUAGAGAUAAAGAUGGAAAUAAAAAAAUUUUUAAAUCCGAUGAGAUUUACCAAAAAAUGUUAGAAGUUUGUCAAAAAAACGGUCUUAGUUUUAGUGGAGAUUUAGCCGCUAGUCAAAUAGCCAUAACUGAACUAGCCCCAGAGUUUCGACUUUUGGCUGACAUUACUCGGGUUUUUAACCAAAAAAAACUCCAAGCAAUAGAGAAUAUUAAACAACAACUAAAGAGUAGCGGGGUUUAUACCAAUAAAGAAAUAGACGAUUAUAUUAAUAAUAGUUCUCAAAAGAAUCGUCUAUUUGCGGAUGAUGAGGAAGAUGAGAAAAUCAGCGAUGAAGACCGAAAAACUGUCCAGAAUCAAUUUUACAAACGAAUUCAAGGAGAUUUAGCCGCUAACUUUUGGCUGACAUUACUCGGGUUUUUAACCAAAAAAAAACUCCAAGCAAUAGAGAAUAUUAAACAACAACUAAAGAGUAGCGGGGUUUAUACCAAUAAAGAAAUAGACGAUUAUAUUAAUAAUAGUGUUCAUUCUCGUCUUUUUGGAGUAAAAGAUUUACUUAACCUAAAAAAAUUAACUGUCAGAAAUACCGAUGUCAGCAUACAAGAUAUUGAAAUACUACGGUGUAAACCGGAAAUUUAUAGUAAGGGUGGGGCUGGUAUUAGAGAUAAAGAUGGAAAUAAAAAAAUUUUUAAAUCCGAUGAGAUUUACCAAAAAAUGUUAGAAGUUUGUCAAAAAAACGGUCUUAGUUUUAGUGGAGAUUUAGCCGCUAGUCAAAUAGCCAUAACUGAACUAGCCCCAGAGUUUCGACUUUUGGCUGACAUUACUCGGGUUUUUAACCAAAAAAAACUCCAAGCAAUAGAGAAUAUUAAACAACAACUAAAGAGUAGCGGGGUUUAUACCAAUAAAGAAAUAGACGAUUAUAUUAAUAAUAAAGGUCUUUUUCUCAGUUUAAUCAAUAAAACUAUUGCUGAACUUAAAGAAGAUAUUGAAGAAAUUAUUAAAGAAAUAAAGAAAGAAUUAUUUGGUCCUCCGCCAGUCACGAUUGCUACAAUUUCUUCCCAGUAUCAUGAUUAUGAGAGAAUGCCCUACACUACUUUGGAAAAGGCCAAACCACAAAUUAUUGAAGAAAUUAAAUUCAAAAGGGCGGAAAAAGAACUAAUUAUGGCACUAAAAGCGGCGGAAAUAUGUCAGGAUAAUUACAUACAAAGUAACAUUGAGAGAUUAAAAAAAUUUACGACUUCCCCUUCCUCCUACCACCAACAAGCCUAUAAAAACAAAAAUUCCGAAGUAACCAACGCUCUCACUAAAUUACAGCAACGCUGA